AACGUGUGUUGUCCGGCUAUCUGCUCUUAUAGAAGUCAGCUGCAUUGCCAACCGAGAACGUCAGUGGUUCGAUCGAGUGUCCGUUCUCACCGAUUUAGAUUCGACGAGUUAAAAACUCUGAAGAAAUCUGUUGGAAGCGAUAAUACCGUGAUAAUUUUGUUCGAGUCGCUUUUAAAUAUGGCCAGGGGUGAUCUUUUAAUACUAAAUAUUAUAUAUUGUACAACGAUGGGUUUACCAACUUUUGGACAUAUCGAACGUAAUCGUCUAGAAACUUACGAAGAUCUGUCAGAUCAAUCAAUCGAUCUGAAUCUCUUCAGCAAUUUAACUUUUCAAUUCUCUUGCGAGAACAAACCGAUUGGUCUUUAUGCCGACGUCGACUACGAUUGUCGGAUUUUUCACGCUUGCGACGAUGAUGGAAAAGGCUUUCCAAUGAUUUGCCCGAAUAAUACGGUCUUCGAUCAAAGACAACGAGUUUGCAGUGACAUUGUAAAUGACUGUGAACACGCUCACGAAUGGUAUUAUAUCAACGAAUUACCUUAUUCCGACGAAUUGACAGAUUAUAACAAAGUUGAAUCGAUCGAGGACAAUAUUCCCACGGUCGUGCCACUUGCUGCAUCUUAAAAUCAAAUUAUUGUAUCACUUGUAAAAAGUUUAUUAAUUCUUCUUUUUUUUUUUUUUUGUAAUAAAAACACUUAAAGAAAGAAAACACGACGAGAAUAAUAUGUAUAUUUUAUUCGUUAAUAACUCAUAAUCAGAGAUUAUCAUUGAC